UUGUAUAUAAAGUUAUUUGUAAACAAGAGAACAGCUGAUCCGCACUUAUCAUCAGUAUAAUCAUUUCUGAUUAUUGCGUACGUCGUGUGUGUAUAUGCAAUCAAACUUAUAGAGUUGCAUCGAGACCCCCUAUUUUUUUCAACCAUUCGUGACGUAGACGACGACGACUGUUUAUCUUCAUCGCGCAAACAAGGCGAAAUUAGCCUGCAAACUACGAAUCUAGUCUUUAAAAAUGUCACCCACAGUGAAUGGAGAAGGAGACAACGAGGUUGAUGUCAAGCAACCGAUCAAACGUUUGGAGAUUCCUAUAGCGAAGUUCAACGACGUGGCCAUCCCACAUCACCUCGAUCUUCUUAAAAGACACAGGAACAACAUCAAAAAAUGCCAGAGCAUCCGAGACUGGGAUCGCAUUUACGCAGAGCAAUUGAAUGCUACUCGAACUGUCAAACAGUUAAAACAGCUGCUUUAUGAGAUGGAUACACUGAGGGCACAAGUGCAGGACAGUGAUAUCUCUGUCUUUGAUAAACUGACUAUAAAAUCUAGGACGAACACAAUGAACGCCAUCAAAGAAUAUUUAGAUUUUGAACUUAAUCUGCCACUCAUCCAACAUCCUCCGCCCAAAGUGGAAAAACAGUUAGCUGAAAAUCCACAUGACAACCAUUUUCAUCAAAUACAGGUAGAGCAGGAAGAAUUGGAAAGACAGCAGGCCUGUUUGAAUACCUGGAACACUUUACAUUCUGAUUUAGAACAGUUGCAGCAACUUUUUAUUGACUUUAACAAAGUUGUGCACGAACAAUCAGAAUUAGUGAGUAGGAUUGAGGACAAUGUGGAGGAUGCCCAAGGAAAUGUACAAAGUGGACUGAAACAUUUGAAAGAUGCAUCCAAGUAUAAAGUCAUGACAUAUCCACUAACUGGUGCUCUGUUAGGUACUUGCCUUGGAGGCCCUAUUGGCUUUAUAGCAGGUUUAAAAGUAGGAGGCCUUGCAGCCAUUGGUGGAGGAUUACUUGGAUUUACUGGGGGUAAAAUCUUGAAGCAAAAGUGCUCGACACCAACAGAACUGAAGCAGAUUGAACCACCUCCAGAAGCAAGCAGUUCCGAAAAAACUCCCUCAAGAGAAAUAGAUAAAAAAAAUUCAUGACAAUCAACCAAUUCUGAAUCUUGUAAAAAGUCUUGCAAUAUUAUUUAAUAAGCAUAUCUAGUACUAGUUUCACUUAUAUUAUAUUAACAUAAUUAUUAAGAAACAAGCCUUAAAAUAGUAUGGACAAGCAUCUUGUACAACUGUGAUGUUAAACUAAAAAUAUUUGUAAAUAUAUUUUGCUAUUAAUAAACGAU